AUGGAACACGGGCAAAUGCUUGCUUCAACACAAAUUGAUUCUGGAUGCUCAGAAAAUAAUGCACUUUUACCAGCAUCUUUAUCUUCAACUUUACAUCGGAGAAGUGUCGAUCGUGUAGGCAGUGAAAGCAAUGCAGGAAAACCUAUUCCUCCGAUGUUUUCUAUGGAAGAAAUGACAGCUCGUCGUCGUGGUAAACGAGUUGAAGAUGCAAAAUUACCAAAACAAGUUCGGAAUUUUUAUAAGAAACAGGAUGAUCUUAUUUCAACAUUUGAACGUGUAUAUCGACUUCAUUCAACUAAGGAUAGUGAUAACGAAGAAGAAGAUGAUGAAGAAACUAGUGAAACAAAAACUAAGACUACCAAAGUGGAUCCAAAAAAAAGGAAAAAACGUAUUAGUCUUUAUACAAAAUUAUCAUUAUUGGUUAAUAUUUGUCUUCUCGGAAUAAAAAUUGUUGCUGCAAUUAUUUCGCAUUCUCUAUCAGUUAUAUCAUCAGUAGUCGAUAGUGGUGUUGAUUUAACUUCAAGUAUCAUUCUGUUUUGGGCUACACGUGCCAUUAAACGACGUGAUCCAAUUUUGUAUCCACAAGGUCGAACACGUCUUGAACCCAUAUCUAUUGUUAUUCUUUCUGUGAUAAUGUGUUCAGCAAGUAUUCAAGUUAUAUCAGAAUCAUUACAAACAACAAUUGAGGAUAUUCAAAUGAUGAAAAAAUAUCCAUCAAAUAGCUCUGAAUAUGUUCAUCCAGUUAACAUGACAGCAUAUCCAAUAGCUAUUAUGUGUACCACUAUUGUACUUAAACUAAUGCUUUUCUUCUUAUGUUCUCGUGAAAGUAGUGCAACAUUAAAUGCAUUGUCACAAGAUCAUCGAAAUGAUGUAUUUUCAAAUACUGUUGCACUUAUAUGUGGUAUUAUAAGUUUUCACGCAAGAAAGAAUCAUAAAUUUUUACCGAUAUGGUUAGUACUAGCAGAUUCAAUUGGUGCCAUUCUUAUUUCAAUAUAUAUAUUAAUUACUUGGAUUCGUCAAGCAAAUCAACAAGUCAAACGUUUAAGUGGACAUACAGCAAAACCUGAAUUUCUUCAACAAAUAACAUGGAUUACAUUUCAUCAUUCACCUCUAAUAUUAAAAAUUGAUACUGUACGAGCAUUUCAUUUUGGUACACAUUUUCUUGUCGAAGUUGAUAUUGUUCUCCCUGAAAAUAUGUCGCUGAGAGAAGCACAUGAUAUUGGUGAACAAUUACAAAAGAAAAUUGAACGUAUUCCUGAAGUGGAACGAGCAUUUGUUCAUCUUGAUUAUGAAUUUAAUCAUAAGGCCAGUGAUGAACAUAAAGUUGUUUGA